CGCUCACGCUCCAGCUCCCCGGCAGCGAUGCUCCCUCGCUCCACCCAUGCCGCAAACCACAGAAGAGCGCGUCGAACACGCCCUGUCCAAGCUCCUUGAGCACCUGCUUCCCACCUACCCCGACGAGGACGAUGCCGUCGCCGAUGAGCGCUUCGACGAUGCUUUCAACUACGCCCUGGACGCCAUAGGCAGUGCCGGCGAACCCGCCGUGGCUUCCGACGUCAACCAUGCUGCAGACCUCAUCAAGAAGAAGCUGGUGCGCGAGAGCAGCACGCCCGAGAAGGCCUUGCGCUUCGCCAAUCUCUACUCCAGACUGCUCACCCAGCCCGUCCUGAAUCAAAAAUGGGCAAUGUUAUAUUUCCUCUACCAGCUCUCAGACUCGGAUCUGCCCGUCGGCCUGCCUGGAAUGACCCCUCUUUCCCCAGACCGUGCAAACAACUUCCGAUCAAUGGCCGACCCGGACAUCCAAUCUCCCACAAGACCAGAUUCCAAGGAGCACCCUGGGCGCCAAUACUCAAUUGAUGCGCCAGCAUUCAACGAGGCUUUCUCGCACCAAGGUCUACAAAGACUGCCGCCGGCCGAGGAGACGAGACCCGCUAGACCUGCCCAUACUGAGAGGCCUAAAACGGCGGAUAGGAAAGCACGCCAGGCAAAGGAGGAGGAAGAAGCAGCAGCAACUGCACAGACGGAAAAGAAACCUAGCGAAAUGGAGCCCUCGGAGCCGGCCCUAUUGCGCGACUUACCAUUCACGUUGCAAGGACUUUCCUCCACCAACCUUGUCUUCUCGAAUCCAGCAGUUCUCAGAAUCCCAUCGACUCUCCCGGCACCGUUGGUCAGUCUUCUCCAUACCUUGGCAGAACCGUCUCUACUCUACCGGAAAUUGGCGGAUUUUGUAGAAUCGUCUGAAGGAGGUUUGGUCGGACAAAGUCUCCGGUCAGCUCUCGGAAUCGAGCUGCGAGCUUAUCUUGGCCUUGUUGCCACCCUAGAAGGGCAGAUUAGGAGAGCUUUGGCUAUGCUUGACGACUCGCAGCCAAGACAGGGCAUCGGAAAGGCCGGAGUCACGCUCAAGCGUUGUGUUAUAUGGACGCGGGAAGCUACCAUGGGAUUAAGGCUCAUGAGUUUGAUAGUUGAAGAAUCUAAAGGAAAGAAAGGUGGUCAGCUCAUCUCGCUAAUCCACUCUUUCUCCCUCUCUCACGGCGACCCUUAUGUAGGCUCAUUCGCGGAGCGUCAACUCUGCCACGUUACACGACCAUUUUACGACAUGCUACGACAAUGGAUUUACGAUGGCGAGCUAUCAGACCCAUACCUUGAAUUCUUCGUUUCAGAACAACACGAAGAUCCCAAUGACGAAAAUACCGGCAAGGGUGGUGCUACUAGUGUAUGGGAGGACAAGUACAAGCUCAAUGAGACGAUGAUCCCGUCGAUCAUAACCCCGGAGUUUGCCAACAAAGUUUUCCUAAUCGGCAAAACCCUAAACUUCAUCCGCUACGGCUGUGGCGAUGCAGCAUGGGUCGAGAGUUAUUCCAAGGAUGCCUCACGCGAGCUGCGCUACGGUGAUACCGCUGCACUUGAGCUUUCGAUUGGUGAAGCUUACAAAACGACUAUGGCCCGUUUAAUUUCUUUGAUGGCGGACAAGUUUAAGCUGUUUGAGCAUCUCCAGGCCUUGAAGAAGUAUCUUCUUCUCGGCGCCGGUGACUUUAUAGCCGUACUCAUGGAAUCACUGUCUGCCAACCUUGAUCAGCCCGCUAACACACAAUAUCGGCAUACCUUGACUGCCCAGCUCGAGCAUGCUGUGCGUAACUCCAACGCUCAGUAUGACUCACCCGAAGUCCUCAAAAGGUUAGACUCUCGUAUGUUGGAACUAAGUCACGGAGAGAUUGGCUGGGAUGUCUUUACUUUGGAGUAUAAGAUUGAUGCCCCUGUCGAUGUCAUCGUUACUCCGUACGGCAGCAAGCAGUACCUUAAAGUCUUCAACUUCCUAUGGCGCGUCAAACGAGUCGAGUUCGCUCUUGGUAGCACAUGGCGGCGCUGCAUGACGGGAGCGCGUCAAUUCCUAGGUGCCGUUGAGGACAAGGUCGGCAAAGACUGGAAAAAGGCACGUUGUUGUGUCGCUGAGAUGAUCCACUUUGUCAAUCAACUCCAGUACUACAUUCUCUUCGAGGUCAUUGAGUCAUCCUGGAACGACCUACAAGCAAGCAUGCGGAAGCCCGAAAGCACUCUGGACGAUCUGAUUCAAGCACACGCCAGGUACCUCACGAACAUUACGCGCAAGGGCCUCCUGGGAUCAGAGCGCAUGGACUUUACGGGCCAACUUCACGAGUUGCUCAAGAUCAUGCUCUCCUAUAAAGGUGCAGUCGAUGGACUUUAUUCUUUCUCCACUGCCGAGUUCGCGCGUCGCCAGGAACGCGCAGCCAAGAUCGAGACCAGAACCGCAGCUGGCAAGUGGGGUCUUAGUGAACGCGACUCGGGAGCCACGUCGCCUACAGCUACGCCUGCAACGCUGCGCCCCUCUAACCGAACCCAGAGCACCGACGAGAACAGCCCCUUCCCUCCACCGUUGUUGCCUUCGACGUCUGGGAGUGAAGACGACGUGCUCGAAGGUUUACGCACGCGUUUGGAGAUGCUGAGCAGAGACUUUAAGGCUAGAGUCAACGUCCUGCUGGGUGAUUUGUACCACCAGCCGGAUGCGGACAUGAGAUGGUUAGCCAUGGUAAUGAAUUUCAACGAUGUAUAUCAGCCUCUCCGGCGCAAGCGGGGCGCCAGCCAGAGAAGGAGGGACGGGAAAGAUACUCCGGCUGCGAAGGGCGAGAGCGGAGAUGGGAAGGAGGAUAAACAGAGAGGCUGAUGAGCCUUCUUCAGCUCGAUACAUUUAAGGCCUGUGCAAGUUUCUUUCGUCUUGGUCUUUAGGUUUCACAAGGUGUCUAGGAUGCAUAGCGAUACCAGGGUGCCUUUCUUUGGGCAAAACGCCGCAAAGCGGCGUAUCGAUUUCUGUUUUCCGCAGUCUCCUGGGUAUAUUUUGUGUGCCUGUUUGUCUAUUUGCGACCUCGCACUUGUCGCCAACUCCCAAGAACCAUAUCUACCUAAUCAAGGGCCACCUCACCAUGACAGCCUGUUGUCCGUCAAUGUUCCCACUGUCAUUCGU